AUGAAGUUGUUGGUACUGGUGUCUGUUCUGGGGUUGGCGUUGGGUCUCCCAGCGCCUGAGGGCGAGCCCUUCACGGGGUAUUACCACUCCACUGUUGGCAUCCAAGAAGCUGCCAGAAUAAAGGCGACAGAGGAAGCAGCGGAUUUCGAUGGCUCAAGGAUCGUUGGUGGAUCAGCUGCUGCGUUGGGCGCGUACCCCCAUUUGGGCGGUUUAGUGAUCACCCUGACCACUGGCUCCACGUCUGUCUGUGGCUCCUCGCUCCUGACUAACACCCGUGCCGUCACCGCCGCCCACUGCUGGUUUGACGGCCAGAACCAAGCUCGCCAGUUCGUCGUGGUCUUAGGCUCCGUCAGGCUGUUCACCGGCGGUACCAGAAUCACCACCACCUCUGUGGUCAUGCACGAGAACUGGGUUCCGUCGAGGAUCCUCAAUGAUGUCGCCAUCAUCAACCUCAGCUGGGUCACUUAUUCCUCCACCAUCAGCAACAUCGCUCUGCCCAGCGGUACCCUGCUGAACAACAACUUCGCCGGCUGGACCGCCCAGGCUGCUGGUUUCGGUGUUCAAAGAGACGGCACUGGCAUCAGCACCGCCCAGACCCUGCACCACGUGAGUCUGACAGUCAUCACCAACGCGGUGUGCGCGUCGUGGUACCCAGGCAGCAUCCAGGCCUCCAACAUCUGUAUCGACGGCUCCCAGCGCCGCUCCACCUGCGGAGGAGACUCCGGUGGCCCCCUCCAGGUCAACAGCGGAGGCCCAGUUUUGAUCGGUAUCACCUCCUUCGGCUACCGCUGGGGCUGCGAGCAGGGAUGGCCCGCGGCCUUCGCCAGGACAACGGCUUUCAACACCUGGAUUCGUGCCCGCAUCUAAACUGUACCAGGCUGACAACUGGACAUCCCCGGCCGCCUUUCAACUGCACCACCCUGGCCACUAAGCGAAGAAUCUUUACACAGGAACGGAGGGCUUCGAAAUACGACCAAAGUCGUCAAUUGUGAUAUAAUGAAAUAAAUUCUAAUAUAAUACU